AUGCACUCAAAAAAAGAUUGCAGACCAUGCAUUGGUGUUCAUGAUAAGGAGCAUUCAAUACAACUUAUACAACCUGUGUCUUAUACCUUUUGUUGUGGGACUACAUCUGCAAUUGAACUUGCUCAACAAAUACAUGAAGUAAUUGAAAAACUGUAUUUAAUUGGUUUUAAAGUAUUGACAACCGUAUGUGAUCAAAGUGCUAUUAAUAAAUUAAUACAGAAAACUAAGGCAGACUAUUUACGCCGUAAUGAGGUAUUUAAAAGAAAAGUGUUUGAAGUUAAUGGAGAAGAAGUCAUACCUUUAUAUGAUCCACCUCACCUACUUAAAGGCAUACGCAACAAUUUAAUGAACAAAAAUUUAAAAUGCAUUAUGAAAAAUGAUGUUAAUGUUGCAAAAUGGGAGCAUUUAGAAAUGCUACUUAAAGAAGAUCCUGGUUUUGAUGGACUUCGUAUGCUGCCAAAAUUGACAGAAAGCCAUUUAAACCCAAAUAAACUAAAAAAGAUGAAGGUGAAAUGCGCAGCUCAAGUACUCAGCCACUCAACCGCAAUAUUCAUGGGAUAUUUAGCAAGGAAAGGAAUAUUAGUAGAAGAUGCGAAGGAAACUGCAAGACUACUACUUUUCUUUGAUGAGUUAUUUGACUCUGUCAAUGGAAGCUUCCAUAACUUCAAGAAAAAACCAGGCAAAAAGUUUCUUGGUCCUCUUACACCUAAUUCCACUCAUUACGCUGGUGUGGUCACGUGUUCCGAGCUUUUUGAUGACGAGCUGACUGCGAGCCUGGACGAGCGUGGACUGACCCCUGAGAGAGCGAGGACGGUCUCGUCGUCGGAAGAUUUGGAGGAAUUGGUGGAAUCACUCACCGGCUGUAUCAGGGAGGCCUGCAGGGUGGCGAUUCCUGCAAUGUCGAGCGGGAGGCGACGGCCCCAAGCGAGUUGGUGGGCUCCUGAGAUCGAAGCUAAGAAGAAAACAGUGAACAGGCUGAGGAGCAGAAUAAGAAACGCAAGCUCCGAACGACGGCAGUACGCAGUCGAUCGAUACCUGGAGGCGAAAAGGGCCUACAAGGAAGCUAUCACAAGAAGCUGGAGGGAAUUCUGUGGCAAACAGGAAAAGGAGUCAGUGUGGGACGGCAUGGGCGAUGAAAUCAAACGAGCUGUUGAGGGACCCUGCUGCCCGGGGCACUACACUAACUCCCAUCGCAUCGGCGCAGCUGUUAGCGGAAACUUUUUAUCCAGGGACACGGAGGAGACCGACACCUCGGAACAGCGAGAGUGCAGAGCCGAAGUUGCGCAGGAAUUCAAGUUCAUAAAUGAAAGGCCACUCGAACUCACAAACUUUACCGCUGCGGAGGCGGAUCGGGUCGGGCCGCAUCGCAACGCAAAAAUACGCCUGGCUAUGUUUUGUAUGAAAUAUCGUUUAUUAGCGACGGAUCGGAGCGCGGCGGGCGGCAACGCAUUGGCGGAUCGCUUCGCAGGCGUAUUUCUGUCGGCGGUGCGCUGCGACCCGCCCCGAUCCGUCUAG